CCUAUGCAUCGGUGCCUCCUCCCCCCGCUCGCCGGCUGAACCACUGUGCUCUGCUCUCCGAGGUCGGAGGUGCCGCCGCUGCCGUCCCCGGGCACAAGCCGGAGCCGCACUCUCCUUCGUGGAUUCGCCGUGCGACUGUCAGGAAAAGUGGCUGUGUGCGGGCAGCGACUUAGCGCAAGGUAAUUCUCUAAUGGACCAAUGAAAGCCAAUGAUGACAAGUUGUGGUCAACAGUCCUUGAAUGUGCUGAUGGUUCUGCUCUCAUUACUCUUGUCAGCAGUGUUGUCUGCACAUUUUCGGGUCUGCGAGCCAUACACGGACUACAAAGGUCGCUACCACUUUGGUUUUCACUGCCCCCGUCUUUCUGACAAUAAAUCUUACAUCUUUUGCUGUCACCAUAACAACACAGUGUUUAAAUAUUGCUGCAAUGAGACAGAAUUUCAGACUGUUAUGCAGAUGAACUUAACAGGGAAUGCAGAUGGAUAUAUGCAUAACAACUACAGUGCACUGUUAGGAGUGUGGAUCUAUGGCUUUUUUGUGGUGAUCUUACUGAUACUGGACCUUUUAUAUUACUCUUCAAUGAACUAUGAUAUUUGCAAAUUCUACCUGGCCCGCUGGGGAAUCCAGGGAAAGUGGAUGACACAGGGACAGAGCCGAUGGAUUAACCCUGCUCAGGACCCAAGACAGACACAGCCUCAAACUCAGCCCCAGCCUCAAACAUCGCAGACAGUACACACUUUAAAAGGAGAUGCUUUAAGCCCACCCCUGGUAUCUUUUCAGAGUACAUCUGCCUGAAAAUUAUAUUGAUGUGCCUCAAGAUGGGAGAGGUAAGACCAGACUUCAAGGAGCAGCUUUCAAGGAAACCAACUAAAUUGCAAGAGCUGAAAAAAUUAUGGAUAAGCAGGAAAGACUACAAAGAGGAAGAUUGAGCAAGUCACCUGAAGACAGACACCAUUCAAACAACUUCUACAGGCAAAUUAUAU